GUCGUUGUGUUGACCUGCAAAAAGCGGUUCACCUUCUUCCGUAGGCAGACCGCAUUCUUAGCGAGACCUUCAAACCCAUAGCCUUACGUUCACAACCCUUUAGCCCUUUCCGUCUUCUUCAAUUUUUCUUUCGGUCCAUAUUUUUUUUUUCCUCCUCAAAUUUACAGAGCAGCAGAUUGUGAAUAUAUGAUUCUAGGGUUGAAAUACAGGGCAGCCAUUGACGGUAUGGCAGAGAUGUCGAUAGACGACGCCACGUCACCGACGCCUCUGUCCGCCAUAGUCGAGGCCUUUGAGAAACUCGCCAAGAUUCUGGAUUCCCAAGAAGAAGAAGGUGAUCUGCAUUUGGAUACGUUCUGCCAGGCUUGCUCUCUCGUCUCUAUUCUCUUCAGUUGCCUCGGCCUCGCUUUCAAGUUCGCCGAGAUGGAGUACGUCUCAAAGGUUGAUAAUCUCUUGCAAGCAUCAAAGACUUACGAUACUUUAGUGCACAUACUUGAUUUUGAUGUUGCAAAUGACACUGUUAAAUCACCAGGCAGCCGUUCACGCAACUUACGCCGAGUUAGGCAGGGUCUUGACCUCAUCAGAGCUAUAUUUGAAAACUUUUUGGCGACAGAUGACAACUCUUUAAGGGAGGCAGCUUCAACAGCUUAUGCCCAAGUUUGUGCGCCAUACCACACUUGGGCAGUCAGGACAGCAGUUGCUGCUGGUAUGUAUGCUCUUCCGUCAAGGGAUCAACUUCUGAUGAGUCUCAAAGAAACCCAUGAAUCUGCAAAGAUUAAAAUGAAACAGUACAUCCGUGCCUCGCUUCCAGUUAUCCAGUACAUUGAUAAGCUGUACCUUUCUAGAGAUAUCGUUUUGGACUGGUGACUUGAAUUUUGAUCUAGUAGAUAUUGUAUAUGGUGGAUGUCUCUGCCACACAGAAGCCUGUCCUGCAUCUUGCUGAUAAGACACUGGUGCUAACAGUUUAAGAGAUCUGUGCAGCUCCCUCUAGUUCUUAAGGAGUACUUCCAUAUAGUAGGUAUAGCAUUUUUGUUCUGGCUGUUGCCAAGCGAUGUUACAUUCUCAAGAACAAAAAAAGAUCUGUACAUAAAUGUUGUUAUUGUGCCAAUUAUACGAUUUAAUAGGGGGUUAUUCUUUAGACUGCAGUUUCAGAAA